AUGUAUAGACUACUAUAUCAGAACUCAAGAAGGGCUGUCGUUGGUAAUCUCUUAAGUUGCAGAUUCUUUGGCAUCAGCCAUCUUAGAUUUGAACCAAAAUCUAGUGGGAAGGAAGAUGAAUCAAUUCCAUGGUUCAUGCGUGAAAAAGUUUCAUCACCAAUAAUGCAAAAUGAAGAUAUACAGAUACCGACAAUUCCAGCUGGAUCACCACAGUUCUUGGAAGAAGUUUUAGACUUAUUAGCCAGAGAGUAUGGUCUUAAAGAGCUCGAGCUUUUCGAUCUUGAAAAUUUGCCUGAGGAUCAUCUGUACAGUUCAAAAAAUCAACCAUUCAAAUAUAUAAUAAUCGCUACUGGUAAAUCAGAAAAACAUAUAUUCAAAGCAGCAGCAGAGUUGAAACAAUAUAUAAAACUGAAUCACAACUUGAUAGUUCUGGUGGAAGGUAUGGUCUCAGCUGCAAUCAGUGCAGCAGCUCGUAGAAGAAUGCUCAAAAGAGCAAGUAAAGGACCACCAGCAACUGAUAAUACAUAUGGUAAGGAACCAAACACAUGGGUGGUUUGUGAUACCAAGAUUUCCGAUAUAAUGAUUCAUAUGCUUACCAAAGAAAGAAGAAAAGAAUUAUUACUUGAGACACUUUGGUGUGAAGAAAAAGAUUUACAUAAAUACCAAGAUGAAUUUGAUGGUGGUGAACUUGAUGAUGAUAUCUUCAUUGGAAUCAAUAGACUGUCCUUUUUAGAACAAAGAAGAAGCUUUUCCACUUAUUCAGCUAGAUCUAACUUACAACAAAUCUUUGAUAAUCUCAAUAAUAGUGAUAGAUCCCAAGUUUCAGUUAUCAAAUUCAAGGAAGAUUUUGAUAAUAGUUUUCAAGGAUCUAGUUUAAAGGAUCACAACUUGAGAAUUCAAUUUUAUAAACUACUCCGUCAUAUAGAUACAGAGGCUGUAUCUUUAUCUACUGUUAAAGAUGCGAUUUAUGAAAAGUACCUGUCCAUACAAUUUGCAUUAAAUACAGAUGAAGAAAUCAAACAAGAUGUAAUCCUUUACACGAAUAUGUUGAUCGAUUCAUCUAGUCCUACGGAAAUGCCAGAUUACCUAUUUGAUGACUUAUCACAAUUCAUUUCUUCAUUGACUUUAUUUUCCAAGAAUAUCAAAAUUUUGUAUGAAAAGCAAUUUCUAGUCUUAUUAUGGAGAUUAUCUAUUAUGCAAGAUGAAAAUUUCAUAGGUCCUAAAACCAUCGACAAUAUCAUACAAGGUAAUAUUCCCAUAAAGGAAAUACCAGACACUGUCACUGCAACCCAAGCCAGCAAUAGAGCCAGAGAUGUAUUGUUUUUGAUAAACAAAGUAUACAAAGGUGUUACACCUCAUACAUUGAAAGAAAUGAUCCUUUUUACAUAUGGUAACACAUCCAAAUGGGAUAAAUUCUGGAAUGAAUGGGAGUCGUCUUUUGGAUUCUUAAAUAUUCAACAGAAGAGUAUCAAUAAAUGGAUUAGAUUGGUGGUUUACUUGGCCAUUAGAAAUGAUAAAUCAGCCAUGGUUGAUUUCUUAUACAAAUACUGGGAUAAGUCAAACUCACCUGUCCAAUCAUUCAUGCAAGACUUCAAUGAGUUAGGUCAUAACUUUCCAUCUGAGCAAGAGAAACAAAUCUUCAAAACUGCUUUAUUACAGAUCUUAAACACUGUUGAUAGUAAAACUCAUAAUUUUGAGCAUGUACAUAAUUUUGUAAAUAGUUUAUAA